CACCCAGGGAGUGAAAUCCGGGCAGGUUGUUAUAGCUACCCAAAUCCGCAGGGGUCCCCCUGUCUAUUUAUACCCCUUAAAUCUUCCUCUCCACCCCCCACCCACCCUUUUUUUUUAAGCUACAUUUUAUCCGUGGCUUGUGGGCCAACGUGCCCCUAAUGACUAUUAAAACACUAUCUCUUUGCAAUUAGCUCAUUCCUGCCUUAGCGUUCCUGAUUGACAGAGGAAGCUGGAGCAUCAGAAUUCUCCCUUUGGCAAUAAGUGCUGAUUGGGUCCUUUUAAAGAGAGCUACUUCAAACUUUUUUUUUUCUUUUUCUUUUUUUUUUUUUUUUUUUUUUUUAAUAUUUGCCUUCAGUGUCUUGGCUGAGAGAAGAGGGUUUUUUUGCGUUUUUUUUUUUUUUUUUUUUUUAACCUCUCUUGAGAUUUUUGCUUGAGAGGAGUAGAGGAAGGAAGAGAAAAAGGAUUUACCUGGCUUGGGCUUGAGACUUGGCUUUUCUUUUCUUUUCUUUAAUUAUUUUGUAUUAUUAUUGUUCUGAUUACUGACAUCCAUCAUCAUACCUCAGAAGAAAGAAAAGUUUUGGCAACUCUGGUUUCCCCCUUCCAAAAAAAAAAAAAAAAAAAAAAGAAGAAAAAAAAAAAAAGGGCAACAAAAAGGGACAUUUUUUUUUUUUAUCCAUGGCCUCUUUUGGAUAUUUCCUGUUUCUUUGUGGGUUGAGUCAAGCGAUGUCAAGUUACCCAAUCUGGUGGUCCUUGGCCAUUGGCCACCAGUACUCGUCCCUGGGAACUCAGCCCAUCCUCUGCGGCAGCAUCCCCGGGCUGGUCCCCAAACAGCUGCGCUUCUGUCGAAACUAUGUGGAGAUCAUGCCCAGCGUCGCCGAAGGCGUCAAGAUUGGGAUUCAGGAGUGCCAGCACCAAUUCCGCGGGCGGCGGUGGAACUGCACCACGGUCAACGACAGCCUGGCCAUCUUUGGGCCGGUUCUGGACAAAGCUACCAGGGAGUCGGCCUUCGUCCACGCCAUUGCCUCCGCUGGCGUGGCCUUCGCCGUGACCCGGUCCUGUGCUGAGGGCUCGGCCACCAUCUGUGGCUGCGACACCCGCCACAAAGGGCCCCCCGGUGAAGGCUGGAAAUGGGGAGGUUGCAGCGAGGACGUGGAGUUUGGAAGCAUGGUGUCUCGGGAGUUCGCGGACGCCCGGGAGAACAGGCCAGACGCUCGGUCAGCCAUGAACAGACACAACAACGAAGCUGGGAGAACUUCUAUUAUUGAACUCAUGCAUCUCAAGUGCAAAUGUCACGGGCUGUCGGGCAGCUGUGAAGUGAAGACGUGCUGGUGGUCCCAACCAGACUUCAGGGUCAUUGGUGACUAUCUCAAGGACAAGUACGACAGCGCUUCCGAAAUGGUUGUGGAGAAGCACCGGGAAUCCCGUGGCUGGGUGGAGACACUGAGGCCCAAAUACAACUUUUUCAAGGCCCCAACUGAGAAAGACCUGGUUUACUAUGAGAACUCACCGAACUUUUGUGAGCCUAACCCUGAGACCGGCUCCUUUGGGACCCGCGAUCGGAUCUGCAACGUCACCUCCCACGGGAUAGAUGGAUGCGACCUGUUGUGCUGCGGCCGCGGGCACAACACGAGGACUGAGAAAAGGAAAGAGAAGUGCCACUGUAUCUUCCACUGGUGUUGCUAUGUCCGUUGUCAGGAAUGCAUACGAGUCUACGAUGUCCACACGUGCAAAUAAAGCCGGACGUCUCUCUGGAGGCUCCCCGUGGAGGAACAGACUAGAGCCUACAUCUUCCGAGGUUGCGUAUGUGAGAGAGCGCUACUUUUUUAUAUUAAAAGAAUAAAAAGGCUAAAACUGGUUGGAUAGAAUAGGUCUAAUGACUUCUUGGCUUUCCCAAGAUCUACCUGCAGGUAACAAAAAGGUCGUGCCCAGAUUAUCCCUCCUGUAGGAGACUGUGAUUUCUUUAACUAGCCAACAACACGGAGCUGAGAAGAAGAUCAUUAGCAAGAGCGUGAGUCUGCUUCUCCCUUCCCUUUUGCAGGAGCAACUCAUGGUAUUAAGUGCCCUUUGAAAGACUUGCAUUUUCCUAAAUACCGCCUUUCCUAACCAGGAGAGAGGCUAUAUUAGAAAUCCCCAAUGCCAAGAUGCUGUGUAUAAAAUGAGUGGCAAAAAUAAAUUUAAAAAGGGUUGAUUCAUUAAUUUAAAAAAUCCUCCUUCUCCUUCUCCUGGGAACAGGAGAAGUCUGCAAACAUUUUUUAGCGCUAUAGCAUGGACAAGCUAUUAGCAUGGACUUUUUAACAUAGUGGCUUCUGCCAGAUACGCCAUAGCACGAAGCGACGCAUAUAGUGCUUCUGCGGAGCGAGAGCAAGACUACGGCUGGAUCUCUACAGAGGGCCCACUGACACUCCUGUAUUGCACGUGCUGUAGGAUGUGAUUUGCACACAUACGCCGUGUAUAAACGCUCAGUGCCUGGAGUGGAUCACGAAGAGGACGUAGGAUGUGCAUGGCCACUGGGACAGAAAUGGCUCUUUUCUCCCCCAACUCACACGACCAGAGACAGUGUCCCAGCCGCGGGUUGUGACAUAGCAAUGCAGCAAGAAGACUCCCAAUGAGCCAUGCCGGGCACCGCAGGCCUCUGGAUGGAGGUAGAGCCUUUUCGCUGGCGAUGAUCCAGGCGAUCGUGUCUCCUUGCAUCCCAGACCAUCGUGGUAAAGGGAAAAAUGGGAAAAGUUUUCCCCUCCCCUUCUGCUUAAAACACAAUGUAAUUACCGCUGGAAAGUGAAAGUGCACUUAGUUCAUUUCAUCGUCUCCAUCGAGCUCACUCAAGCUUCCUUAUUGCAGUCCUUAGAGCAGAAGCUUGUCAGGAAUACGGUCCUGAAGGACAAUUUGUCAUCUGUUACCUAGACACGGCCCUGAACCAAACCCCCAACUUGGAACCGCAUCAGACUCUGGCUCGGUUUGGAUCCAAAUGCCGUUCUGGCAUUCAGUACCCGUCUCUGUCCCAGGCUGGAUCAAAACCUGGGAACUGAACCAGCCCAGACUGGGAGCAGAGUUUAGAUCUGUGCCCUCUGUGCAAAGCUGCCGCCUUUCUGCUAUUGCAAUCUCGGUUCUGUGACUCCCUUCCCAUGCAUGUGUUUCAAGCUGCUGUACUUAUUAGGGUCACCCGUUUACAGUAACAUCUAACUUGCUGUAGGGUUAUCAGGGCUUCACUUGGAGCGAUGGGUUCUUCGGUCUGUAUCUCCACUCAUCCAUGCUGGGCUUCGUACCAGUGUAAAUCAACCACAUUUGAGUUACGCCUGGCAUAUGUUGCUCUGAGUGAGUGGUCAAUCAGGCAUAGAGUCACGGUGUGGUUAUCUCUUACCUCCUUUGUCUCCUUCCUCCUCUUCCCUUCAUCUUGGGCUUCCAUGAUGAGAAAUAGACCACUGUUUUUAUUUUCACCCUCGAGAAAUGGGGAUUUUAGAGAGCUCUUCGGACUUUUUCCAUGAACCGCAGCGACAGCUGCAGCUAGACCAUGGGCAAGCUUGUGACUACCAACUUGCAUAGGGAAGAAAUACCACUCAUUCCUCCUUCCCCUAUCUGCUUAUACCCUGAAACCAGAGCAGAUGAGCAGGCAGCAUUCAGGAGAGGCAAGGAACAGAGCCUAACCCCAGCAGAACAAAGUGGAGUUGGAGCGGUGCCUCAAAGGGGAUGCAUCUGAGUUACGGCAUCCCCUGGGAUAACUCUUAGGUUGGAGCAGCUCAGGACUGUGCCUAGGAGUCAAUUGAUGGAGUCAGUUCUCUCCAGGUUCCCCCCAGGCUGUCUGAUGCUAGGGUGACUUCUGCUUAGGCAAGGAGAGAGAGAACAAAAGAAAAAAAAGAUGAAUAGAGAAUGAAGUCGUUGCUGAGAGAAAUGGCUGAGGUUACAGCUAUUCAAGUGUUUGCUUUAAAAAAGGAAGAUAUCACCCAAGUAUUUUAGAAAUCCAUGUGUCAGGUUCCUUAAGCUGGAAAAGGGCGGGUAUGGAGAAAUGAAGGCAAUUGUUGAAGACCACGAGUCAGUGGUAGGACUCGCAUGGAGAAGAUGUUAGUCACGUACCUGAACGCUUUUCUAGAAAGAACUUGAUUGCUGCACUCCUGAGAAUUGUACGAGACCCUAAGUAGCACAGGACGCAGGUGUAUAUAGUUAACGAACAUAGACAAUGAUAGCUCAAAUUUGCUGCUAAGCCUACUUCCAUUGACUUCUGUGGGGUGAUACCAGCAGAGAAUUUAGCCAUACUUCAUAGUGAGGCAUCUAGUCCUGCUCAGCGGACUUGCAAAACUAGUGUUCAAGAGGCUGGGCGUACCCUGGAAGAGCUUGAAGGCGUAAUUAUGAUCUCACACCACUACCCCAGCACCCUCGUAACUUCAGUAAUCUUCUUCCUAACUUGCAGUGGUCUAGGGCAGAUCAGAAUCAAGCCCCAUACGAGUAGUUGCUUUACGCUUAGGAAGUGCAGAGAAAAGCCUGGGUCAUGGCAGGUAGGUCAAGAAAAGUAGCAGUCUGCCAUGGAGAUGAACCUCAAGCUACAUCAACCAGUCCUGGGUUCAAGCAUCCCACCGCUUGAGCCCGUCCAUGCAGAUCAACGGAUCUGAAUCUAGGCCCACAUGUAAUUUUUCAACAUCUUCAUUUUUAUGAUGGACUCAUUCAUCUCCCAUUCUAGCAUUGCUAAAAAGAGGAGCAGGGCCAAUUAUCUCCCAUGAAAUUCAAUGAAAAAACACCCACAUCUUUGUUUAAUGGACCCAAAUGCAUUUGGAGGGUCUAGACCCGGCUCUGAGUCUCCAUGCCUACGGGGAGGGGGAGGACAGAGAGGCCGUGUAAGCAUAGGCCUGGGAACGAGGUAUUCUUAAGGUCUAACGUUAGCCCUAAAAUUGAUCCAACCUAUAACCUUAGCCAAGUCAUUUGGGGCUUCAUUUUCCAAAGCAGCCAUUGAUUUGAGGAAUCCAGCUUAUGACACCUUUUUUGUUGGGCUUUCAAAUGCCGAAGUACCGCGCAUCAGAGACUGCUUUUUGGAAAAUGUAAAUUAUGACCUCUAUCUGCCCCAAGGAGAGAAACUGUCUGGAGAGCAGUUGGAGUGCUAAGAAGACUCAUCCUCUUAAACAAUAUUCCCAUUUACGUUGCCUUUCCUUUCCACCUUUAUUUAUUCGGUAAGGAGAGAGAACGCGCCGAAGACAAAAGACCCGGCAUCAUUCACCUCCCGCCGGUGACAAAUGUGAACUGUCCAGCGCAACCUUAAUAAAACACUGUACGGUCCCCUUGUCUCGUGUGUGUAACCAAUUGUGUCCUGGAUGCAAAAGAUUGGUGCCAAUAACAGGGGGAAAGUAGAUCAAUCCAAGAAACACCGAUGUAACUAAAACACCCACGAGAAAGAACAAAAAUACAGAAUCCAUUUUUUUUCUCUAUAAUGCUGCUAUCAAUCCAAGACUUACUGGAGCUAUACAGACAGAUACAACGAGUCCUGUUCAACCCUGGCCCAGCUCCAUCGCAGCCCCUGGAGUUAUACCAGGGAUGAAUUUGACCUGAUGGAGUUUCUUUCUAUGAAAGACAUAGAGGGAUUUUUUUAAGACUUUUUUUUUUUUUUAAAUGAGAACAGAAUUGAAAAAAAAUAGGAAAAAAGAGGGGUGAUUGUGUGAUGUUUUCUACUCAUUGAUGUCUGAGGUACCUGAGCAGGAGGUGAAGGCUUUUAAUAGGGGCGUGCCAUGCUGGACUCGGUGGGUCUGCUCCAAAGCUUAUUAAAGUCACUGGGAAUCUGCCCACUUACUUCAAUGGGCUUUGUGAGAAUUUUUUACCUUGUGAUAUUUUUUACCAGCCCAGCGGUAUGACUGGUAUAGACAGAGGCAAGCUUUCGGGUAUUACAGCACCCUUCCUUAGGGCUCGCAGCAACAAUGGGCUUUGCAUCUCGACUUUGACAGUCAGGACCCAACCCCAAGAAAAGACUGAAUAUUAUAGGCUUCUCAAUUGGCUGUAGAUAUUUGUAGCGUGCCUUUCCAUAGCUAAUCCAUCUACAGGAAAACAGCCUUCUAGUGCUGCCCAUUACUGAGCUGGCGCGGUCGAGUUGGGCGGCAAAGCUCCUGGAUAAUGCACAAUGGAGAGUCAUGGGAUACACCUCCUGGGAGUCGCGGGCACUUACCUGCCUCGAGGAUCCAGUCUUCUGUGCAACCGUAGGUUUCUCUGGAUGCCUUAACUGCAUGUCUGAGAAGAAAGACCGCUAGUAAACCCAGCACGUAAAAAGCCAUAUAGUGAGACUAUACCAGGGACAAAGACACCAGCCAUUGCAGCACAGCAUAAUCUUUGGUGGCAAAUGAUAAGAAAAGGACAUCUCGUCCUCUUCUGCCGUGAGCCUUUCCUUCUCAAGAGCAGACGCGACCAAGCAGAGGAUGCUCCUCAGAUAGUGAUGUAUGCAGGGAAAUGGGCAGUGGGAUCUGUCUUGUGUAUAUAGCUGGACAUCUACCCCCUAGCAGAAAUUUGAUGAAAGGGAGGAAUAAGAUGUUGUGAGACGAGGAGGGAGGUUGCGUGGGGUGAUAGAAAGGCUGUACUCCAUGUUUCCUUCAUCAGCCAGAUCUCUCCAGGCCAGCUGCAAAAUGCUAGCUCAGAUGACAGUGCUGGGGCCCAUCUCUCUGAGGUCUUCCUUCUCCUCCUGGGCACCAGGGCCAUUUGGGUUGCUUUCCCCAGGCUCUGAUUGCAUCUCCUUCCACAGCUCAGGCCCCUAUGGCAGCACCUGGUCCCAUGGCCUUCCUCCCUCUCUCCUACCCUCCAGCAAGAGCUAUUGAUUUUUUUGCAUCCUGGGUAAGAGUCUGUGCUGGACCUCAUUUGGCCAUCACAAGACACAAGACAUUGCAUCUGGCUGAGGACCCACGUCUUCCAAUGGUCUUACCUUCUGACACUGCCGCCGACUCACGGUGUGACCUUAGAUAAGUCCAUACCCAUUUCCUUUUGCAUCGGUUUCCUCAUGCGUAUGGCAGGGGAUAAUGACCGUUCUCAUUGUAAGACUUGACUGGGGAAGUUUGCAAGGCACAUGGGAGGCAGAUGGGCUAGACCCAAAGCACCUCAGCAGGAACUACGUUCCUAACUCCUUUAGGUCGCUUUGGGAAUCAGCCAAUGGGCUCUUACAAUGGGAACCUGUAUGUGGGCUGUAAUGCCCAACAAACUCCAUUGACAUCAACUCCAUGACUCCAAAUUUAUACCGAUACAAGAGGCAACACAGUGUGGGCCUAGUCCUUGCAAACACUUCUUUGGGUCUACAUGAGGGAUGGGCUAGCGAACCUACGAUGCAUUGUCUGUGCGCAUGAGACACAUCUCUGCUAUUCUUGCUCUGACCACACGACGAUAAUGGAGAAGACCCAGCAAAAUCCUGAUGCUUUAUGAAUCUAAUCCAGGCAGGGAGAUCUCCCUGGUUGCAAGGGUCACAAGAAUCUUUUUCCACUUGGCUUUUGCUCCCUCUUUCUAGGCCGGCCUCUCCUCCCGGUGUGGCUCAUGGAGGCCCCUGGAUUGGAGGGAAGCCUUUCUCAGCCAUACGUGGGUGCCGGCGAUGGGCUAGGAAGCUUUCCCAGAUCUCCUUUAUCAUUUUCCAGGUUGCUUCUCCUUUAUUUAUUAGUAUUUAUUUAUUUCUCAUCGCUCAGCCCUCUUCACCAAAAUGAACCCGGGGCAUGACUGCUACAGGCACAGGCUGGAACAUGCUCCUACAGUGCUCUGGGCUUCUCGGGGGGGCAUCAUUUUGAUCCAGAUCCCUUCCCAGCAUGAACCUGAUGCCACCAGCAACCAACAAAGCAUAAGAGGCCCGAUUCUUUCCAACGUAGGCUCCCAAACCCUCCCACUGUGAGGACACCCUUCCCAAAACCGUGACCCUACACCCCAUUGCCAAGUCCGUCAAAGUCAUAAGCCACCCCUAUACUCCCGGCUGCUGAGCUCUCUCACCCCCACAAUGGGCUGCAAUCCAACCUUAAGCCUCAAUGUCCUGUUCUGCAUGGAGCCCGACCAACCCUUCCUGCCCUGCUCGCAUCCCAUCAGUGCCCGUAGCUCCUUGAGGGAUCCCUCUCUUUGCUUUGGAGGAUCCAACAAUCCUGUCAGCUGUGCCGAAGGCCCGAGACACCACCCCACAGCUGGCACAGCGCCACAGCCGAUCAGACAAGCAUGUCGAUCAGUCAUUUCAAUGCCUUCACACGUGGCGGGGGGCUCACCCACCCAGCACCCUCUCCCCUUCAAACACUUCCUGCCCCAACCCGUGCUACAUCACCCCAUAGUCCGUCAUCCCUUCCACCCCUCCGUUCCCUUGUACAGGAUGCACAUAUUAUAAAACCUGAAAUUCCAAAGCUAUUGUAUAAAGUAGGAGUGUCACCUUCUUUUUUUCUUUUUUUUUUUUUGGUUAAGUCUGAUUUUUUUUUAUGAUUAUUUAUUUUAUGAAUAAAUGUAUAUAUUAGCAAGAGUAUAUAUUUGCAGAAAUAACUCUUCGGGACAGUGUUGUGGCUGAGCGGUGGUGCUUGUGACCUCAUUGUCUUCUCCCUUAUUUUCUACUGACCGCACACUAGCGACAUCUAGUCACUGUUUUUUGGGGUUUUUUUGUUUUGUUACCAGUUAAGUUUGAUAGCUGUGUUAACUUUAUAAUGAAAAUUAAAAAAAAAAAAAAAUGCAUUCAUUUUAA